GUCCUUCUCUCUUACUCUCAGGUGGAGAAGGUGGCGCACAAGGUGGUAGACAUGCUGCCCAUUAACGAGGUCAGUGUGGAAUGGGACUUGUCCAAGCACAACCAGGACAGCUCUGACGACAGCUCUGAUGACAAUUGCUGGAUCACUUUCCUGCCAGGUUCGAGUGAGACAACAACUAAUGGAGACACGGGAGAUACGCAGGGGGUCACCAGUUUCCACACCAGAGAGCAGAUCUGAGAGUGUGACGAGUGCUACCCAGCAGUUCAUGUACAUUCAGAUGGAGUUCUGCGAGAAAUCUACUCUCAGGACUGCCAUCGACAAUGGCCUCUACUUGGAGGAGAAGCGGGUGUGGAGACUAUUGCGGGAGAUAGUGGAGGGGCUCAGCCACAUCCACCAGCAAGGCAUCAUCCACCGUGACCUCAAACCGGUCAACAUCUUCAUUGACAGUGAGGACCAUGUCAAGAUAGGAGACUUUGGCCUCGCCACCACCAACAUUCUUCACAAGGCAGGAGCAGGAGUGGUGGUGGAGCAGACAGAAUUGUUGGCCAGUCACAAUCAGAUGCUGUCAAUGGGGGAAGUCUCCCACACAGGCCAGGUUGGCACAGCUCUCUAUGUGGCUCCAGAACUGAACACUUGCUGCCUUAAGGCCACCUACAAUCAGAAGGUGGAUAUCUACAGUCUGGGGAGUGAUGUUUUUCGAGAUGUGCUACAGGCCGCUGCACACUCACAUGGAACGUAUGAAAGUGUUGGCCGACCUCAGGUCUGA